AUGUCAGUCAAUCAUAAGCACAUUAUGAGGAAAUUCUACGAUCAGCUCUUAGAAGAGGUUGAUCCAGACAGGAUUGGUACCCAUCUUGCACAAAGUAAAACGAUCACCGAAGCAGAACUACGAGCAUUGAGUAUUCAGAAAGGAAGAACGCAGACGUUGUUGAGGAUGAUAGCCGAUAAAGGACCAGAGGCGUAUGAAGAGUUUGUUAAAGCCUUGGAGAAAUGUAAAUGCUUUGUCGUUUAUUAUCUUCUAAAAGAAGGUAAGUCGGUAUUUGACCGAAACACUUUUCAAAAUCAGACCACCGUACUUAGCAAAGUCAGACGUUUCCCUUGCAGACAAACAUAACGUAACGUGUGGUAAAGUUCAAAUUCUUAAGAGAGAGAUCGCCUAAUAUGAAAGACAAUAUACUGAUAGAUUUAGACAAGCCUAAAAGCGGAGCCGGCUCUUGUUAGUUUAUUUUCCAUCCCUACAGUAGACUGAAAAAAAACUGUUUCACUCCAGAUUAAUUAAUUACGCGUGAAAGCGCAACAAUCGUCAAGAAGCUAUAAUUGAACAAUCACAAAACGAAACUAUCACUGAUUGAUCGUGCAUGAGAGGCAACGAACGUUGAGGACAACCAUCGGGUAAAUAUUUCCUUUCUAUGGAAUUGUAAUUUAGUAGAAUCCUUACUCAUCAUAAUCGCUGUGUAUUUUUGCCAUAGAUUUCGAACGCACAUGUGUAUUAACAGAUAUUAAAGAACACAGUUUGAAACCGUUGGUUACAGCAAUACAUUUGUUGUUUAAAACAAUACAAAAACUGUAAUAAAACUUUUCAGUACUUGCUGUAGAAGAGUUUCCUCAAGGGGAUUUAGGAACCAGUCCGGAGGGUGGGAAGAAUUGAUGAGGUCUGGAACCUGGGGACGAUUUUCUCACAACUUACAAAGCGAUCAACACGAGUGCUAGGCAGCGGUAUCUUCAAAAAGGUUAGGACCUUCUGUGUUGUUCCUGAUGUUUUGAGCAAAUUUUCGAAGACAGGGAAUGUUUUCUUCUUCAGAUGAAGAGUAUCAUGUCAGCAUGAGUUGAAAGUGUAUUCUAUUGAGCGUGAUUGUUAAUUUCAGUUUGGGAAGCUGGGGACGAUUUUCUCACAACUUGCAAGGCGAUCAACCAAAAUUGAAAUAAACGACGGUAGACUGCUUUGCGUGAAGACAUCACUGGUCGAUUAAAGAGUAAACAGAGGAACAAUGAGCCAGUAAAACAAUACGCCAGAAUCUUAUGGGCUUCUCUUAUAUCUUCUCUUGAAGUUGCCAGGUAUGACUGCUUGCCCCACCGUUUUUUCCAAACAUUUCAAACUCCUCUGUCUAGCGUGAAAAUUAAAAAGAAGAGUAAUUUUCAACUCCUGUUUAAACCUGUGAUUUUUUUUAUACCUUUUCUUUUUUGGCCGUUCUUGUUUUAUGAUUGUCGUCUGGCUGGAGAUACACGACGUCUUUUUGAGAUUUUUUUCUCUUAUUUAAUUCGGUAAACUAUGCUGUAUCAGCAUUUAAUGUGGGUGUCUUUAAGAACAGUUGAGAUAAUACCUGGAUUUCAUUUUUACAUCACAGAAAUAAAUUCCAAACAUCAAUCAAGUUUUCUCUCUAGUUUAAAAGUUGAGUUGAAGUUGUCAUUGGCUAUAUCAAAUAAAUUGAAAAGUUUUCGAUGGUAUAUUCUCACGUUUGCAGAUAAUUGUUCCAUUUACUGGAAGGUGGAGUUGUUGCAACAUGUUAACAUAAAACGCAACAAUAAAUUUUAUUGAUAUGUAAAAAGUUUUCAUUUGACUAUCUACUGGCAGGUCUUUGUAAUAUAUUUCAACUCAACCAUUUCCCACAACUUGUAAACACCAUUAGAUAUUAAUUAUUCUGGGAAAUGAAAAGUUUGUGGCAUAUACACCAUGUUUUAAAUGCCAUGUCCAUAAUAGGCUAACAGGAUUUAGGAGGGUGUAUGUGGGAAUAGGCUCUCUUGUCUGUAUUAUUAAUUUGCUAAUCCCUCCUGUUGGCGAUGUUUUGAUGAGGUUUUCCAAAGUUCCUUGGGUAGUCUAACACUGUGAAAGUUUAUCUUUGAGAGUGAAUAUUCUUCGUAUCUAGUGUCAUGUAACUGCCAGGACCCCGUUUAAUUACACGAUCACAGCUCGGGCGCUUCUUGAAAAAUGUGAUGACUAUCAAUUUCAGCGAUUGAUUCUGCAGUUUCAAGCUUUUGGAAAAAUUAUCGUAUCCCAAGUAUUACAAGCAUGUUCAUCAUAACCCGGGCACAAAGUGCGCCUCGAGAUGUUGCGCGACGAGAACGUGGCUCCAUGUUCUAUGAGACAAACCAUUUCCAAAAGUUUGAACGAAUCGAGUAUAAAGCAUGAAAACAUAGCGCUGAAAAGUACCAUGACCAAACAAUCAAAUUCACACCUCCCACAAUAGGACUGACUCCAUUUUGCCGUAAGUUAGUCUCCACCACAUAUUUGCGGUCGGUAAUUUAAUUCUCAGAUGUUUGACGGGUUCUCACAUGACACUACUAUCAAAAUCAAAUUACCGCGUCAGACCUAACGUAAACAUGAACAUCGCUGACUCAAUCUCAUGUUAUUUCAAUUUUGAGAAAGGCCAUUUCUUCGUUCUUAGGGUAAAAAAACAGAUCUUCGACAAAGCACGAUUUUUUUUUUCAUGAAUAGAGUAGAUUCUGCGGUAGUUAACUGAAGAGAAAAAUAGGUAGAAAUUUGCUCACGCCGUUCGCUAUCGUUUGAAAACUUUCUAGGCAAAACAUAAUCCGUAAGAUAACCUCUUUUCCCUUAACACCAACUGUAUUAAACAUUCCGAACGAUAUGACAAGAAAUAAUCUAAGAAUACGAACACUUUGAAAUGUUAUUCGAGCGAUGAACCAGCGCGAGGGUUUUUAGGCGAUGAGUCAAGUCAUUGUUAAGUCAUUGUUUUACCGAAACUUAAUUUGAAUUAUAAACUGAAGCUAAUAUCAAACAACGAUUGGUAAAAAAAUGUUUGAAUUUUUCUAGGCCUUAGCGUGAGAGAAAAUCCAGAUAAGACACGACUUACCUCCUCUUCUUUCUCGGAUCCUUUGUAAUUCGCUUCUCUUUGUUGAUGACCUCUUUUCAGUUUGUUUUCAGGAGCGUCUUUGUAUUUCCUUCUCACCUUGCUCUUCACUAGAUAUUUGCCUUUUCUUGUUCACUUUCGCGUUCCUCUCGCCGUAUUCUGCCUAUUUUGACGUCCUUUCUAACUUUCUUUGGCGUUUUUAUCGACUCGCUUUACGCCUUUUACUUCUUGCUUUCUUUGGCCGCUCUGUCUCUUUACAUCCAGCCUAUUUUCACUCAAAACCCUCUCUCCACGAACUUGAAUUAUAACAAUUUCCUCCGGUUGACAAAGCUUUAGCUCUACCGGUAUCGUCACUCCGCGAGUUGAUUAGAAAUCGUAAAGUACUGAGAAUUAUUGUUUAACUCCAACCUCACCAGUUUGAUUUCCCGCUCAAAACGCGGGUUGCGAAUUAUUUGCUUACGCGGCUUCACAUCUACUAUCCCACAUGAAGCCCUCGUUGUUUAGCUGCACUAAAGCUUGGCACUCGAGUAUGAGCACUUCAUUGUCAUCUGCCGGUGUCUUUUAGCGCACACUAAUGGGUAUCUAAGUUACGCACGCAAUCGCGCCUGCGCAUUACCUUUUCCCUUGCCCUUCCAUUACGUAAUUUUUUUAGGCUUGAUGGGUUACUACUACUACCUCAAAUUCUGAUUGAAAACGUUGUUACUUUCUCCUCACCUGUCCACCAUAAUGCAUUGUUGUGCUUUCACUUCUCAACUAUCAAUAAACUUAAUUUCAACUUUCUGCAGCCAAUUUCAACUUUCUCCACUCAAUUGAUCCAUAAGAAGCUAGCGAUCGCUUAUUCAACCGGCCAUGUUUGACUUGGAGUUAGAGUCAAAGAUGGGAGAAAGGGGCGGGAAAAGACAAAGGAAUAUUAAUUCAUAGCCCCACCCCCUCCCCCUUCCUUUCCUUUAUACUGUCGCUCGGCCCCCUGGUACAAAUUUUUUUCUCUCCCCAGUCCUACCCUGCCGUAAAAAUCAAAGAUGGCAGCUAUAAUUGUCACCAAAAUAAAUCUGAGCGCUCACCCGUCGAAAUUGCGCCUGCUCUGCAGGCGACUGUCAAGCCGAUGCAAAUUAAGUUGUUCUAAGGACUUAAUAUCAGCUGAUUCUAGAAAGGUUUCGUGUAACAUAAAUUUAGGAUGUUAAUAGAUGACGUUGUUGUUCUCCAUUUUACCAACAUGCCAAUUAUAGGACUACAGUACUAUAUGUGAGGGAGCACAUACGUCUCAUUAAGACCUUACAUUAUGUCCUUUUAUUAAAAUAAGCGACAUAAUUACUGAACUGACCAACUUUUAAGUAUAAUUAAUGAAAAAUAAGUAUUUUAUGAAUUAAUUUCAGUAAGAAAAUUACAAAUUGUGUGACUACUCUUGCUGUUUUGUAGAAAAGGCUAUAGGUGACUGCAAACUAGAAGAAACCAAAGAGGAACUCAGGAAAACUGAAAAAGAGCUCUUACUUGUGAAGAAAAAGGCCGCAAGAGAGAAGGAGACACUUAAAAAAGGUAAGAAUCACGGUGCAAAACCAGCAAAACGAAUUCAUGUAUAAUGUUUUCAUUGACAAAUCCAUUUGACAAUAGGUAGUUUAUUAAAAAAAAAUUUACUCUUAUCAAAUGCGUUGAUGAUACAAAGGGCUCACGCUCGAAACGUCGGCUUAGAAACUCUUUACGCCGGUUGCCUAAUUUACGUUAUUAACUCAGUUGAUAAAGCCAAAUUAUCUUGUCAUACUUCCCCACCAGCGCAGCACCACAGUUUCUUUUGAAACAUACCCCCUUUAUAAAUUUGUGGUUUAUGAAAAAGUUUUGCUCGCGUAUGGACCGUGGCUGUGAACCGUGACAUUUAAUUCGAGUGGUUUCACUGAUAUCAUAUAAAUAGACCAUCUCCGAACAAUAGGCUAGAACAAAGCUGGUGCCAAAAAUCUAAGAAUAUUGCACGUAGACCUCAGCAUUACAUUGCGUAACUAGCUUCCAACCUGCAGGGUCACGUAUUCCACGCCCGCGGAGUCUGCGGCAUUAUAAGCCUUGAAACAAAAAUUCAUUCAGGGAUGUUGCCUCAGGAAAAAACUUCAAUCUUGUAAAAUGUUUUUUAGUAAUACUACAUGGGAUAGUUUGUUUCAGCGAUUCAUUUUAAAAUUUUUCGUAUUUUGCUAAAAAUAAUCAGUAAAUAUCGCGUUUAAAGCAAUUGAAACGUUGUCUUCAGAAAAGUGUCUACCGUGAUGAUUCGGGUUAGUACCUGGGGCAGUACCUGGGGCGAAUAUUUAGUAAUGGUACCUCAAAGGGGGGCGCUUAUUUGAAACAGGGCGCCUAUCAAGGGCGCUGUCACAGCGUUUGGCGUAUCCGCGUGUCUACAGAAUCUCCGCUUUUUUUGUUUGCAAUUCGUGAGGUCUUUGUGUACUGAAGAUCUCAAACAAGUGGUGUAAAACAUUAUAUCAAUAAGGAUUUGAGUAUUCUAACUACUCUAAGGCGUAGAGUUGACAAAAAAUAAUCAGCUUAAGGGCCUGUUUACAUGGAAGUGGGGGACCUCAGGUAGGUGAGGUAACCCGCCUGUUUUUAUAAUCUCUUAUUUUAAUCUUGAUCACGAUUAAAUGAUAGGUUGGGUGACCUUCUUAGGAGGGUUGUCCGGUCUGCUGUGCCUUUCGGCCGGGGGUGAUGACUGAUUUGCCAUGCAGGUGGGUAACCCGCCCAGCCGGCAUGGCGUUUAUGUUACAAAAAGAUCAAAUGAGCCAAACAGUAGCGAAACGCGAGUGUGUUAAAAAUUUGUACAUUUCCUAGCCGUCCCAAUGAUACCUCGACAACGAUUUUGUCACGUUUUACUCUAAACUCAAAGCUACAUUCACAUGUUAUGCCGAAGUGAAGACGUUAUACCGUCAGAAACGGUUGACGCUUUCAGCUGUUGGCGAAAAUUUUAGAAGAAAAUAAUUUACGUUUUCCGGCAACGUUUUACUAUACGUCGUCGCAGUGACAUCUUAAACUCUUUUAUUACGAGUUCGAUAACAACCUCGAGAAGCUUCACCACGGCAUCUCGGGGUUGUAAGAUUGUAUGUAAACGCGAACGGGUUCCCCACAUUCGUGUAAACAGGUCUUAGCUCGGUUUCUGCGUUUCUGUGAUGUACAAUUAUAUCUUAAAAUAAUAAAAUCCCAACAAUAGGUGUUAGAAUUAUUAGAUAUCGACUAGAGCUGACAAAGCUGACAACGACACCAUUGGAACCUCAUUGGAAAGGGAUACCUAUAUCACUGAGUAUCUCUUAUCUUCUAAUUUAGUUAAGGUAAACAUGUAACACCCAAAACGCGGGGAUACCACGAACACUGUGACAGCGCACAUUUUUUUUCGAGAAAAAGUAAAUGCUGAUCAAUGACAUAAUUUUGUUUGCAUCGUAGAUAUUUCAAGUACAAUUGACAAUCGGCAAACAGUCGUCACUGCAGAACAUAUUCUGUUAAUCAUUGAUGACAUAGCACAAAACUGGAGGGAUCUGUGUGUUAGGUUGAAACUUCCAACAUCAGUGAUCGGCAUUAUUGACGCUGAUGGCAAAAAUGUCCGCAACAAAGGCUGGGAGGAGUGCCUCAAGUGGACAUACAGACAAGCAAGUGGGGCCACGUUAGGGGUUCUUACAGAUGCCCUUGAAAAUGUAGGAAAAAGAAGUUCUGCGCGUACACUGUUAGGUACAGUGGAGCCCCGCAUGACGGCCACCUCGGUAAUACGGUCACCUCGUUAUUACGGCCGCUAUAUUUUGGCUUUGCAAAACGGCCAUACAUUUCCUGGUCACUUGUUGAUACGGCCAACGGCCACAUUUUAA